UAGUUUUGGCAUUUGUCAAUCAUCAUCUAGAUCAACUAUGGCAUCAAGUCAAUCAUCAUCGUGUGUACUGAAUGAUCUUGAACUUGACUCGCCAAGUUGUUGGUGUGGUUUGAAAGCGCCAUUAAAGAUCUCCCGCACCCACAAAAACCCGAAUAGGAAAUUCUAUGCUUGUCCAAAUUUCCAGACGGGACAAACAAGAUGUCAAUUCUUCGUUUGGGAAGAUAUACUGCAAUCAGUACUACGUGAGACUGCCAACAAGACAAGAGAGAAUGAACUUCGUCUGAGGGAGGAUGCUGUUUUGUUGCGUGAAUAUGAAGCCCAACAAGAAAAGGACAAACUAAGGGAGAGGGAGACUCUGCUGAAGAAUCAAGAAGACGAACUCGGAAGAAGGAUGGCCUCGAAUAGGAUUGGCCGUAUUUUGUUGUGUAUGUGUUGGAUUGUAUCUCUUGUUAGAUUUUUUGGUUGGUUCUGAAUGUGUAUCCUAUUCGAUCUAAAUUAGUAAACGUAGUGGAAUAUUGGGAUUGAAUUCUCAUAUUUUCCCAGCCUGUAAAAGCUGUUUUGGAGCUGGGGAUAAUUUUAGGCUUUGGUAAGAUUUUGGAACUUGAAUGCUGUAUGGCGUGGCAAGAUUUGGAAACGUGAACAGCCAAGUAGAAAUUCUGAAACAUUGCCAGUGCAUUGUCUGUAAAGCAUUCAUACUGAAAAUGUCCAUGCCCAACAGAUCGGGUUGUAUAGAAUUUUUGUUAUUGUUUUGGCUUUGAUACAGAUUGUAGUGGACGCAUAUGAUAAUUUUGUGGUAUGGGAAAUGUAUUUUUAGCACAACUCUGCCGCCGUGAAUCCAUCCCCU